UUUAUCUAUAUAUUUUUUCCUUUUUUACAAGGUGGUAGGUUUGUUUAUUCCCUCCAUUGCGUCUCAUUUUAAAAAUUUUUGCUCAUACUUAUUAUUUUUGCUUGUCUCUUGCACCAUUCCUGAAUUAUUGUGAUGCUUCUUUUGUCUCAUUUCCCUGGCAUAAAAUAAAAAAAGUUGUUGGGGAAAAAAAGCUGCACUGCUGAUAAUCCCGUCCACAUAAAGAACAACGCGCCUCAGCCGCCAUGUUGCCUGUUGGGCGUCCUGUCUCGGCACACGAGGGAUGAAACCUGCACCAUGCGUGUCAGCACAUCCCUGGCAAAGGUGGGACGGCCAACCUGCCCUUUAAAUGGAGGGAUUAAACUGAUCAACUGCAUGUUUUCCUGGAUUAACGCCAGAGAUUAGAGCCAAGGAGAACAUCCAGGGGGUGUGGAGGUGUGGUGUACUACAAAAGGCCCUUGCCAAGUGCCAAAGGUCCAAGAGUUGAGGGAUACGAUCUGCUUCACAGUAGAACAAUUGGUUUGUGCAGUUUGGACCGGCAGCUGUUAGAGACAUGGGCAACUCAAACGGAUGCACCGUGGACGACCUGCAGGCUGUGGAGAUGCACCUGUGGUACAAGAAGUUCAUGACGGAGUGUCCGUCCGGCCAGCUCACUCUGCACGAGUUCAAGCAGUUCUUCGGGCUGAAGGGAUUGGACCCAGAGGCCAACGCCUACAUAGAGCAGAUGUUCCGGACGUUUGACAUGAACAAGGAUGGCUACAUAGAUUUCAUGGAGUAUGUGGCAGCUCUGAGUCUGGUGAUGCGGGGAAAGAUGGAGCACAAGCUUCGCUGGUACUUCAAACUCUAUGACGUCGACGGAAACGGCUGCAUUGACCGCUACGAACUCCUGAACAUCAUCAGGGCAAUCCGGGCGAUCAAUGGAAACGACAAUCAGGAAACAGCCGCAGAGGAAUUCACCAACAAAGUCUUUGAUAGGAUUGACAUCAACGGAGAUGGUGAGCUGUCUUUGGAGGAGUUCGUGGAAGGCGCUCGCAGUGACGAAGACUUCAUGGAGGUGAUGAUGAAGAGUUUGGACCUUCGUCACAUCAUGGCGAUGAUCCACAGCAGGAGGCACAGCGUUUAGCUGCCUCACCCUCAUUCACAACGCCGCCUCUUUAGAAAAAAAACUCUUUUAUAUUUAAAAGUGAGAUUUUCUGUUUGGUUUGACUCCAACGUAACGUGAGGCAGUACCU